CAGGUCGGACUCGGUUGUUGCUUACAGCUUUCAGGACAGAAACUGCACUGCAGGUGGAGGGAUGAGUCUCUCCCCUGUGAUUGGCACAGAAGUGCCAGAAACAGCUAAUGGGGUUGUGACACCCGUCUCCUCGGAAAACGGCCCUCAUGUUCCAGUCUCAGUGAAAUGUGCAGGGGGCAGAGUGCCCUGUCCUGGGGAGGCUUCAGAGGAUGAGUCCUUCAGACACACAGAGAACCAUGUAGGUGGGGAAAACAGAGUUUAUGAUGGCGAAGGCUGCUUGGACACAGAUAUGGACAAUAAUGAGAGAACAACUAGUUUAUCAUCACACACCCCUCAUGUGACAGACGCCUCCCUCCCUGCAGCCACAUGCACAGCAGACUCUGAAUCAGGCUCCAAAGAAACAGACUUUCCUGAGGCCUCUAACACUGUCGAGCCUCCUGAUGCAACUCUGCUAUGGGACUCAGCACAGCAAGCACACUCCAAAGACCUAUCUCAGCGAGGGGGCCCUGCCACCACAUGCAGGCAGCUGACAGAAGCGGAGACUCUAGAUGGAGGCGAAGACAGCCGAGAAGAGGAGGAAGAUGGAGAGAAGGAGAAACAGGAUGAGGAGGAGGAUGAAAAGAAUGAAAAAAAGUGGAGGCAUCAGCAUGCAGAGGGGAGAAAAGAGGUGGAGUCUUUACGACAUUACUCCUCCUCAGCACCAGGUUCCAGCACCUCCUCUUCCACUCCUCCACCUCCUCUUCUUCCAUCAGAUGACGCCCCCUGCCCUCCCCAUGUCAUGGCCCAGGUUUGGGUCCGCAAUGUGCGAGGGAUGCAGGACAGCAAGAGCCUGGAUGAAAUCAGCCAAGCGUUUGGAGGUAGACGCCUGUCAAACCGAUUUAGUGUUUUCAGUGGUUCAGGGGCCCGGGGAGGGGGCAGAGGAGGCCAGUCAGAGGGUCGACGCGCCACAAUCUCCUCUGCUCUGGAGCUAGAGGGGACGGUCAGCCACGAGGGAGACCUGACUAACUUCAUCACCAAGAACCUGGAGCAGAAGAUCAAGAUGAGUUCUAAGCCCAGUCUGGACUGCAGUGACUCGGACUGUUCAGGUCCCAUUUACGGAGGCCGGGGUUUGUCACGGAGACCAGCGGAUAUCCCACCCAUUGAUCCUGCCGUCCUAUUGGACCUUGAGAGACACACCCAGGAAGUAGCGCAAAGUGUGGAGAUGAUGAUGCGGAGCCUCAAUGGGACCAUCCAGAAUAUGACAGCUCUGAGUGUGGGCUACAUCCAGACCUACAGAGACUCAGUUGACAGCCUGGGAGAGUCUGUGGACAUGAGUAUAAAGGGCAUGUACACACUGAUGGCUCGUUGCGAGGAGUUGGAUCGGUCCAUGCAGCCCAUACACACCCUGGCCGCACAGAUCCGUGACAUCAAGCGAACCCUGGAUGCUCUGGAGGCGAUCUGCAAGUAACCCCAGCUUUGCGGUACGAACACACAUCCCAGCUGCAAAGACCCAACAUCAAGCACAUCCCAUGAGGCUGUCUGCAAGUAACCCCACCCCUCUGCAGGUAGCACACACACACUGCAGUGAAGAUUAAGUGCACCUCUGGAUUCCUGGAAAUAUUGCGACUAGGCAUGCUGGAUGAUUGGCACUCAUAGUCCCUCUGCUUGUUCAUCAUCUGGAGAUGACCGUGUUUGUGUAGUGAGAUCUCCGAUUAAUUGCGCUUGAUUCGCUCUCGGGACUGAGCUUUUUUCUUUCUUUCUUUCUUUUUUUUUUAAAACAAUCUCACUUCCUCUAAUGAAGUUGUCGUGUAACAAAAUCUCACAGAUUAACCUUUUUUGGAGACACUGUGAAGUGCCCUGAACACACAGACGCACACAGAUCUCUGAAAGUGUGAAUUGAUGCACCUCUUCUCCCACUUUGCAGACUAAGCAGGUAAUAUGUGGUAUUUUCCGUCCGGCCCGCUUGGUUCAGAUUGCACUAACCUGUCCUCGCCACAUGUGGGCGAUGUUUCUCUCUCUGUCUCUGUCUUCGCUUAUGGAGAUGUCUGUAUGAACUGCUCAGAAGGCGGUGACUUUUGGACAGGGAACAGAAAGUCAAUUUUUUAAUCUUAUGCAACAAAGAUCAGAUUCUUUUACUGCAGGCUAAACGUGGGGACAGAAGCAUCGUGUGUCAGUCUGUAUGUCUUUUUUUAUGUUUAUUUAUUCCGUUCUCAGCAUGCAUACAUUUUGCCACACUGGGAACUGACCUGUACAACCAGAUUUUUCUGCUGUUUGAUCACUGAAUAGUUUAAGCACAGUGUUUAAGAAUUUAAACAUGUUGCUCAAAUGCUGCUUGAAGGUACUUGUUGAAGGAAAUUGGGGUGUUUCACUUUUUCUACUCUUUCAGACUGCCUAUCAAUUUAAAACGAGCAAACUUUGACUCACAGGUCUACUUUUCUGCUUUUAUUCCUUUAACAUCAGCCAUGUCUUAAUCGGGCUUAAAUCUCACUUGCUUCCUCUGUGUCAAUGCAGUCCAAGAUGUUGUUGAGAACAUCGCUGGAAAAAUAUCUGAAGCCGUUUAAAGUGGUUUAAUUUACAGGCAUAUAAGUAGCAGACAAACUGCUCAGAGUGUCAUUAAAUGGGUUGAGUUGGUUUUGUGUCUAUUCAGCCUAUUCAAAGAAAUUAUAUCUGUAUUAAAAGGACUCAGUUUCAAAACACAUUAUGAAUCCAUUAAACUCUACUAGAAGAGCAAUUGUGGGCAUUUUGCCAGCCGAGGACUUCAAAGAGCUGCUGAUCUUUAACCACACACAAAUAUAUUUGAGGUCCUGGUUAUAAAUGUAAAUAUUCCUCUUGGGAAAUGGUGAAUGCUGUAAUUUGGAACAGAACUCUACUUUUAUCCUGCAUUGACUACAUUUGCUCCUGGGGGUUGGGGGGGUGGGGGGAUUCUGUAAAUUCGAUUCAAAUAAGUUGCUUCUCAGAGAAAUUACACAGUGAACAGUUAAAAUUGCUGUGCAGCAUGUCCUCGUUUUUUCUGUCUUCAUCAUGACAAAAAUUGGACACUUCAUUUAAACUGAGGAGAACUAAAUCUGGGAAACAGCGCUGGAUGCACUCUGCCUUUGGAUGUGAGCUAAGGUGGACUCGUACAACAUUUAACUGAUGAUGAAGUGAGUAUUUAUUAAAUUACUGAAUAAUAAAAUCCCCAGACACUGAAUUACUACAGUGUUACUUGAUACUUUACCAACCUAAAGCCAUUUGCUCUACUGGAGCAUUUUAUUUAAUUUAAUGAGGAGACUGUGGUACUACUGUCAUUGCACUGUUGGUACCCUUGUAGUAGAUCAUAGUACGUGUUCUAGAAUUUUGUGCUAUUACUCGUACAUGUACCUAUUACUGACGGCAGGCAAUAUGUUAGUAGGCUUGAGUAGUGUUGAUGGUGUUGUGAUCUGUUUCUUGAUUCUAACACUUCAGAUUUGUCCCGCACCCUUAUUUUAUGAUUUAUUCAAACAAACUACUGAAGUGGAUUUUGAGAUAUUU